UGCCCUCCUGGGCAGCCAGGGCAGCCAGGACGGCACCAAGGGAGCUGCCCCAUGGACAGGGCCCCACAGAGACAGCACCGAGCCUCACGGGAGAAUGUGGGGCACUGGGCCAUCAGCAGGGAAGGACAGAAUGUCAGGCCGUCCUUGGCCCCACCCAUGGUCCAAGUCAGGAACCCCCUCAGAGCAGGAUCGCAGGGCCACAGGCUUGGUCAGCUGUGAGCAUGGAGGAGGAAAGUUUGAGGGCCAGAGCCACCAAGCUCCAGGGCCACCUGGUGGAGGAAGAACUGGCUGCCUGGAGCUGCUGGCCACAAAGAAGACCCACACCUCACAAAUUGAAGUGAUCCCUUGCAAAAUCUGUGGGGACAAGUCGUCUGGGAUCCACUACGGGGUUAUCACCUGUGAGGGGUGCAAGGGCUUCUUCCGCCGGAGCCAGCGCUGUAACGCGGCCUACUCCUGCACCCGUCAGCAGAACUGCCCCAUCGACCGCACCAGCCGAAACCGAUGCCAGCACUGCCGCCUGCAGAAAUGCCUGGCGCUGGGCAUGUCCCGAGAUGCUGUCAAGUUUGGCCGCAUGUCCAAGAAGCAGAGGGACAGCCUGCAUGCAGAAGUGCAGAAACAGCUGCAGCAGCGGCAACAGCAGCAACAGGAACCAGUGGUCAAGACCCCUCCAGCAGGGGCCCAAGGAGCAGAUACCCUCACCUACACCUUGGGGCUCCCAGACGGGCAGCUGCCCCUGGGCUCCUCGCCUGACCUGCCUGAGGCUUCUGCCUGUCCCCCUGGCCUCCUGAAAGCCUCAGGCUCUGGGGCCUCAUAUUCCAACAACUUGGCCAAGGCAGGGCUCAAUGGGGCCUCAUGCCACCUUGAAGACAGCCCUGAGCGGGGCAAGGCUGAGGGCAGAGAGAGCUUCUAUAGCACAGGCAGCCAGCUGACCCCUGACCGAUGUGGACUUCGUUUUGAGGAACACAGGCAUCCCGGGCUUGGGGAACUGGGACAGGGCCCAGACAGCUACGGCAGCCCCAGUUUCCGCAGCACACCGGAGGCACCCUAUGCCUCCCUGACAGAGAUAGAGCACCUGGUGCAGAGCGUCUGCAAGUCCUACAGGGAGACAUGCCAGCUGCGGCUGGAGGACCUGCUGCGGCAGCGCUCCAACAUCUUCUCCCGGGAGGAAGUGACUGGCUACCAGAGGAAGUCCAUGUGGGAGAUGUGGGAACGGUGUGCCCACCACCUCACCGAGGCCAUUCAGUACGUGGUGGAGUUUGCCAAGAGGCUCUCAGGCUUUAUGGAGCUCUGCCAGAAUGACCAGAUUGUGCUUCUCAAAGCAGGAGCAAUGGAAGUGGUGCUGGUUAGGAUGUGCCGGGCCUACAAUGCUGACAACCGCACGGUCUUUUUUGAAGGCAAAUACGGUGGCAUGGAGCUGUUCCGAGCCUUGGGCUGCAGCGAGCUCAUCAGCUCCAUCUUUGACUUCUCCCACUCCCUAAGUGCCUUGCACUUUUCCGAGGAUGAGAUUGCCCUCUACACAGCCCUUGUUCUCAUCAAUGCCCAUCGGCCAGGGCUCCAAGAGAAAAGGAAAGUAGAACAGCUGCAGUACAAUCUGGAGCUGGCCUUUCAUCAUCAUCUCUGCAAGACUCAUCGCCAAAGCAUCCUGGCAAAGCUGCCACCCAAGGGGAAGCUUCGGAACCUGUGUAGCCAGCAUGUGGAAAGGCUGCAGAUCUUCCAGCACCUCCACCCCAUCGUGGUCCAAGCCGCUUUCCCUCCACUCUACAAGGAGCUCUUCAGCACUGAAACCGAGUCACCUGUGGGGCUGUCCAAGUGAUCUGGAAGAGGGACUCCUUGCCUCUCCCUAUGGCCUGCUGGCCCACCUCCCUGGACCCUGUUCCACCCUCACCCUUUUCCUUUCCCAUGAACCCUGGAGGGUGGUCCCCACCAGCUCUUUGGAAGUGAGCAGAUGCUGCGGCUGGCUUUCUGUCAGCAGGCCGGCCUGGCAGUGGGACAAUCGCCAGAGGGUGGGGCUGGCAGAACACCAUCUCCAGCCUCAGCUUUGACCUGUCUCAUUUCCCAUAUUCCUUCACACCCAGCUUCUGGAAGGCAUGGGGUGGCUGGGAUUUAAGGACUUCUGGGGGACCAAGACAUCCUCAAGAAAACAGGGGCAUCCAGGGCUCCCUGGAUGAAUAGAACGCAAUUCAUUCAGAAGCUCAGAAGCUAAGAAUAAGCCUUUGAAAUACCUCAUUGCAUUUCCCUUUGGGCUUCGGCUUGGGGAGAUGGAUCAAGCUCAGAGACUGGCAGUGAGAGCCCAGAAGGACCUGUAUAAAAUGAAUCUGGAGCUUUA